GACCGGUCAAAAUUGAGUCCAAAAAGUCAACAAGAUGGGUUGCUUAGAUUGCUUCGACGGAGGGUUAGCGAGACAGGAGAGAUUGGAAGAAGAACGCAAAGCUUCUCAAGAAGCUCGAGCCAAAGCCGCUGAAGCCGCCGAAAAAAGGCAAGAACAGUUUGAAAAAUCAGCUGCAGGUAGAGCCGCAAAAGCUCAGAUGCAAGCAGCUGCAAAACAGGCUUCACAUACUAACAAAGGCGAACCGACUCUUAAGUGGCAGAUGGGAUGAUUGUUGUAUAGCUUUUGUAACCACAACAUCCGCCGUUAAGUACAUUUGUAAGUAGUAUUCGAGUGUUUUUGUAUUUUUAAUAAGAGAUUGUUGUUGUUUUUUAAACGCAAUAUGUUUAUCGAAACAAUUUGAAUCAAACUGCAGUUUUGAAGUUUGGAACAAUGUAUUUUAAUAACAGAUUGUUGUAUAUUUUCUGGAAAUAGUAACAAGUUGGUAACUUUGACCCAAAAA